GGAGGGUGAGACAGGAGACGAGAUCCCCUACAGAUUCCACAGACACUCCAAACAAUCCCUACCUUUAAAUUUCAUUUUUUUCAUCACAAAACAUGAUCUAGAGCGUGCACCAUGUGCAGUUGUGUAGAGGAUUCGGUUCGGUGAAAUAGAACACAAUACAAAAUGCCAACAUCCAGAGACACCGAGAGACACAGGUCGACGAAGAUGGAUGAAAUCGAAGAGUUGGAACCAUUGUUUGAUUACAGCCGGGUUCAGCCUGUGAACCCCAUUUCCAUCGAUGAUGAUUUUGAUGAUGACGAGGAUGUGAUUUGCCCUGAUGGUAAGAAGAGAAAGACUACGGAUACUGUUGAGGAUGAGAAGAAGACUACUGGGGAAAGAGUCACAGUGGUGAACAUUGAAGAUCAAGAUGAUGAUUGGUUACCCCCUCCACCAAAGAGUGCAAGUAAUUCUCAGAGGACGAUUGAAGAGGAUUCAACUUUGAAAAAAUUGAGAUUAAAGAAGCUGGAACUUGCCUCAUUUGCUGAAUCAGCAAAACAAUUGUUAAAAGAUGUUGAAGAGUCUUCUAAAUUCGAAGUUAAUGAUUCGUUGCAGUCUCCGGUGGAUGGUGUAGAUGAGAAAAGUCUACAGCAUUCUGAAAGACCAAAAAUCGUCAUUUCUGUUCAAGACAAAGAUGGAACAAAGCAGAUUCGAAUGUUCAUGGAUGACAAGUUUGAAAGGAUUGUCAAGACAUAUGCCGAUAAAAUCAAGUGUGACCAGAAACAGAUAGUGCUGUCCUUUGAUGGUGAUAAAAUAAGUUCGUCCGAAACCCCUGCUAGCCUUGGGAUGGAAGACGAUGAUAUUAUUGAAGUUCACGUGAAAUCAUGUUGAUCUAGUAAUUGAAGGGUGUCACCUGCUUGCUCACUUUCUGUCAUUGUCUCCUGCUCCAGUAGCCGUUCGAUUGAUUACUUCAUUCAAAACGUAAUUUGCUUCUUUGCUGGAAAUAGUUACAAUAUCGCCUAUACUCAUCUGACCCAGGUAUUAUGGUGCUCAAACUGACAUUUUGGACCAUGCUUGGGAACCCUUGAAGGUUUUUUGUGUCUGUAGCAUCUUUAGUAAAACAAGAACAAUUCUAGUUCGUAUUUGCAAUACUUAUUUGUACAGCAAAUAUUUUGACAGAAUAGUUUAGGCACUCUUUUGAUAGAUGUUUCUUUGAUUUGUGAUAUAGGUCUGUGAAAAUCCAGAAAACCUCCCGGUAUUUGUGGUG